GAGGAAAGCGAUCGUCAGUUGUCAUGGAAGAGUCAGAUUGUCCUUCAAGGUGUACAUAGAGCCUCAGGAUCAGCAGUUAUUACUGUGUCAAACAGUGGUUUUGCUUUGGCUAUAAGGGUAACAUCUGCAACCAAAAGAAGAGGACAGGCCGAUAGAGGAAUUUGGUCUGACAUAUUUCCCGUGGCCCUACCACCAGAUCAAGCGUACAUCUUCUGUCAUGAUUGGCUAAAAAAUGAAACGCAACUACCCAAAUUGUCGACUAAUGAUGAGCAGCCAUGUCCAUGUACUUUAGACCAAGCUCUACUGGACAUAGUCAGAUUUCAACCCGAUCCAGAUUGCAGCAUGUUUAGUCGUACUUCGCCGUAUUCCCGUACUGGUAAUUGUCUGCAUAGAAGAGACGCCACCCAUUGUAUUCGUUUAGUUAAUUUAGGGCAACAAGGAGUCGACAAUUUGUGCUGCUACGACAAUGCAAAUAACCUAAUCGACUCAAGAGUAAAGGAAGGAGGGAGCAUUCAGAGAUAUCAUUAUCUUGGUGGACAUAGAGUGCAACCAUACAUCACAAACUUUUAUUUUGACGUUCUACCAUUCCUUCACUGUUGCCGAUAUUCUCUAAAUGUUAUAGGGAUUGGAUCCUCAGGUGUUUCAAAUUUAUGUCCUAGUUACUUCAAACACAGAAAGUUCAGUUCGUGCAAGAACUAUAUCCCACCGAGACCAGCUCGGACCAAUGGAGAUCCUCAUAUUACUACUCUGGAUGGCUUUCAAUAUACAUUUAAUGGUGUGGGAGAAUUUGUCUUUAUGAAAACCGUAGACGAAAGAUUUCAAAGCCAGAUAAGAUUUGAGCAAUUUAGAAAAGAAAACGGAGAUUUGGUUGAUGCAAGCAUAUGCACUUCCUUUGUUUCACAAGAUUCGAAUAAUUCUGCCGUCGUAGAAGUCCGCCUCAACUCGAUUAGAAUUGUAGACGUUUUAGUCAAUGGAGAUGUUAUAGACUUUGACGAGUCCAAUGCCCAUCAAUUUCAAGGUGUGACUGUUAUGAAGCUUGAAACAAAUUCGACAAACUCGAACCUGACCAAAAAGGAGUUAAUUGUAUCUUUUACCACAAUGGGCAUCGCAUUCAAAGCUGUAGCGAGUUCCAGUGUGCUCAAUGUCCUUCCAGUCGUUGGGAAUACUUCACUUGCCGGAAACAUACAGGGAAUACUUGGAAAUUUUGAUGAAGAUCCAAACAACGAUUUGCAAUCCCCAACAGGGGAGAUUUUACAGCCAAACUCUACAGCAGAAAAGAUAUACGAUGAUUUUGGAAUAUUAUGGAGAAUACUAGAAAAUGAUUCACUGUUCACUUACGAACCGGGAAAGUCCUACGGUGACUAUCAAAAGUUAUCCUUCCGUCCCACGUUUGUUACUCCAACAAAUCUCCCCCCGGAAGUCGAGGAGCUUUGUGGAGAGGAUGAAGAAUGCUUGUUCGAUUAUGCAAUGACAGGAUCGGCUGAACUGGCUGUCGAAACACAACAGUUCACAGUGGUUUUUAAUACUUCUGUAGGAGCUUCAUAUCAAAUAAAGAAUUGUGAUGAUUUACCAAGCGUAGAGGGAGGAGUCUGGAAUGCAUCAAGCACGAUAGAAGGGUCCAUCGCUACAUUUUCCUGCUAUCCCGGUUAUGAAAUGGAAGGAGAAAGCAAUGAAAUCACCUGCAGAAACACAUCCUGGGGUGAUUUUGGCAAUUUUACUUGCAAUUUAAUAAUCACUAGCUCUACAUUUGACUCUACAACAGUUUUAGUAAGUACAGACAGCACUGCUGACUCAGUUACUACUUCUGUUGUGGAAGAAACAACGAUUAUACCAACCGAUACUAAAAGUACAACAAGUAGUUCAACUGAAGGAACCAUUACAAGUACAUUACAGGGUACUGCAAGGUGGACAACAGCUGACGCCUCAACUCAA